GAGAGCCUCCUCGGUCCCGUCUCCAUCCAUCCGUCCUCCUCUUCAUCCGUCCAGCGUCUUCACCCUCAUCAUGGCCCCCAAGAAGAAGGAAGAGCCCAAACCCGUCGCCGCACCCAAGCCCCCGGAGCCCGAGCCACCCAAGGAGCCCGAGUUCAACCCGGCAGAAGUGCAGUUGGAGUUCACGGCGGAGCAGAUCGAGGACUUUAAAGACGCCUUCCAGCUGUUCGACCGAACGCCCACCAACGAGAUGAAGAUCACCUUCGCUCAGUGUGGAGACGUGAUCAGAGCUCUGGGUCAGAACCCCACCAACGCCGAGGUCAUGUACGUGCUCGGCAAACCCAAAGCUGAAGAAAUGAAUGAGAAGAUGCUGGACUUUGACCAGUUCCUGCCCAUGCACCAGUUCAUCUGUAAGGCCAAAGGUCGCGGCACCUUCGAGGACUUCGUUGAGGGACUGAGAGUGUUUGAUAAAGAAGGAAACGGAACAGUGAUGGGUGCUGAGCUCCGACACGUCCUGGCCACACUGGGUGAGAAGAUGAAGGAGGCCGAGGUGGAGCAGCUGAUGGCCGGACAGGAAGACGCCAACGGCUGCAUCAACUACGAAGCCUUCAUUAAGUACAUCAUGGCUUCUUGAGCAGGUUCCAGCUCACCCACCGAGAAAUCAAAAUGGAGUCCGGAGCUUCUCCUUCUUUUCUUUCUGUUUCUUUUUCCUCUCUUUUGCUUUUGUAUAAAUUCUUUUCUCUCGUUUCUUCUCUCUGUUGUUCGUCUCACCUCGUUUGUUUUGUGGAUGAAGAAUGAAUAAAUAAAUAAAUAAAUAAAAGCUUCACGCUUGAUCAAAUCUG